UUUCUGGACAAGAUGCGCGCCAAGUUGGCUGGAGGUCGGUUCCGCUACCUGAAUGAAGAGCUGUACACUCGCAGCGGCGGAGAUGCCUUCGCGAUGAUGCAGUCCCAACCGGAGUUGUUCUCUCAAUAUCAUGAGGGCUUUCAGAGGCAGACCCGGGGGUGGCCCAAGCAGCCUGUGGAUGUCGCCAUCGGGUGGCUCAGGUCCAAAAGGUCGGAGAUUAAGGUGGUUGCUGACUUUGGUUGCGGGGACGCCAAGGUCGCCGCCAGCGUGCCCCAGACGGUCCACUCAUUCGACUUGGUGGCCUCCGCCCCUGGAGUCAUCGCCUGCAACAUGUCUGCCGUACCAUUGCCGGACGAGGCAGUGGACGCGGCUAUUUUCUCUCUGGCGCUCAUGGGUACGGACUACGGCAGCUUCCUCGAGGAGGCUGUUCGCGUCCUCAAGCCAAAGGGCUGGCUGUGGAUUGCUGAGGUUCGCAGUCGUUUCAGCCGGGGGGCCGGGAACAGCGACGAGGACGGCGGCGCACGAGCAGGAGCUAAUGCUGGCGGCGGCGGUGAGGAGGACUUUCAGCCCUUCCUGUCCUGUCUGAAGCGCCUGGGGCUGAGGCUUGUGAGCGAAGAUGCCGGCAACAGGAUGUUUGUGGUGUGGGUGUUGCGAAAGUGUGAGGGCAGUAAAGCGGGCGGAAAGCAGCGAAGCGGCGGCAGCAGCAGGGAAAUUCCCUGGCCGGAGCUGAAGGCAUGCGUAUACAAGAAGAGGUGAAAGUGUUGCUUGAGCUGGUGUUUUGGCAUCGGUAUUUGUCAAGCCCUAUCUGGUUUCGGAACGGAGGAAAAUCGACGGCACUUGCGAUGUGGGGCAAAGCGUUUCAGUUCGUUGUUCGUCAAAAAGCUCGUUGUGCAAAGUAGUCUUAGGGAUGGCAAAUGGUUGGACCCCUCCGGGAUAUAACCUAAUCUGGCAGGUGUUGCGGAACGGUGAAUAGUUUUCGAAGGUCGCUCGGACAUUUGCAAAGCCAGGUAUAUUAAUUAUCGGCCUGCUGAA